AUGCCCGGCUUCGACUUCUCCAACUACAACCGCAAUGCGGCCCUCCACGCCCGAGGAGUCCCUCUGCCAAAGGCCACCAGUACUGGAACAACCAUUGUUGGAUGCAUAUUUGAUGGCGGUGUGGUGAUCGCAGCCGAUACUCGAGCCACAUCCGGCCCCAUCGUCGCCGACAAGAACUGUGAGAAGCUUCACUACAUCUCACCUCAGAUUUGGUGCGCUGGCGCCGGCACAGCCGCCGACACCGAGUUCACCACCGCCCUCAUCUCCUCCCAGCUCGAGCUGCACUCCCUCUCCACCGGCCGCAAGCCCCGCGUCGUCACCUGCAUGACCCUCCUGAAGCAGCACCUCUUCCGCUACCAGGGAUACAUCGGCGCCUACCUCGUCGUCGCCGGUGUCGAUCCCACCGGCACCCACCUCUUCACCGUUCACGCCCACGGUAGCACCGACAAGCUCCCCUACGUCACCAUGGGCAGUGGUAGCUUGGCCGCCAUGAGCGUCUUCGAGACCCAGUGGAAGCCCGACCUCAGCCAGGAGGAGGCGGUGAAGCUGGCCAGCGACGCCAUCCUGGCGGGUAUCUGGAACGAUCUGGGCUCUGGUUCCAACGUGGAUGUGGCCAUCAUUACCAAGGAGAAGACGACAUUGAAGAGAAACUACAUCAAGCCCAACGAAAAGGAGCCCAAGCUGCAGAGUUACGCCUUCCCCAAGGGCACGACAGCCGUGCUGAACGAGAAGAUCAUUACCAAGAACGAGAUUGGACGGUACGUUAGCGUGGAAGAGGUGCCUCUUGACGACUCAAAGAUGGAUGUCGACACCUAA